GGGAACGGAUCAGACUGCACCGUUUUUUGUUUUUUUGUUUUUUUUUGGCAUAUGGAAUUCGGAGGCGGGAGAACAUGGUCGUAUGAACGAGAGCAGUUUUACUGGCGACUCGAGGAGCCAUUUUCCUCCGUGUGCGAUCGACAUGCGGGCAGGUUCCCCGCAGACUUCGCAUUUCCAUGCAGCGCUGUGCAGCACGCUAGUGAAUAUAUUGGGGACGUGGUCGUCGAUCAAUCGAUCCUUUUCGUCCAUGAACAUGUCGGCGCGGCGGAAGCUAGGACGCAUCGUGAUCUCGAUGCGCUUGGUGGCCGAAGAUCCAGAGCAUUAUUUCGAACGGCUCGCCCAACGCAUCGGUUGAUGAGGACAUGCUGUCCUGAACCACAAGUUAUGAGGGGUGCGAUGUUCCAGGGCUCGAGCAUCAUAGCCCGUCUGGGUGUUUAUAUAGUCCAAUCAUGAUACUCGUGACUGCAGCAAGAUCGCGCGCGCAUACAAAACGAGAGAACAGAGGAGAUAGAUAUCCCAGAUUUUCGAGUGUUGAAUGUGGCAAGCGGCAGCCUGUGGCGGCACAUGCACACACGUCUCCGCCUUCGCCAGCCUCGAGGGAGUUGAGCACAAGACCGAUUCCGGGCAAUUGUCGCCCACUGUGCAGGCUGCAGCACGCGGUACAAGAAGCUGACACUCUGCAUAUAAGUCUCAUCGAAUGAACAGCUGGAGCCUGAGGCUACCCCGCAACGCCCACCUACCUACUUCCUCCUUACGACCCCAGCCCCGACACUUGCUCUCCUUCGCCUACCGUCGCACCAUGUCGUCCACGACGCUCGUAUUCGGCUCCAGCAGCGCACGACACGACCCGAAACACUACGUCUACAUCGGUCCAAAGGCGCAGCUCACGCGCAAGGACGCGCCGUUCGCGGGCAAGAUCCCGGACGCGGCCGCGAGCGUCGUCGCGCAGAUCGAGGACGGGCGCGAAAAGUCGGGCAAGGCGUGGUCGGCCGACAGCAGCUACACGUUCGCCGAGCUGGAGACGAAGACGAGCCGGCACUUGGGUCCCGUCCGGAGCGACCUGAUCGAGAGCUUGGUCCGCAAGCACGUCCACUCGAAGGACGACGUGGAGCUUAAUAUUCUCCUGGAUGGCAAGGACCAGGUACUCGCCGCCGCCAGCGCCGUCGCCCGCUCCUUCUCCAAAUUCUCCCGGAAGAAGGAAUCGAAAGACGCCGCACCGCGCACGGUCGCCGUCAACAUCUUCGUCGAUUCCCAGCCGUCCACGCAGGACUUUCCCGAGCUAGACCUGCUCGCGGACGCCGUUCGACACGCGGCGCUGCUGGUCGACACCCCGACCGCCGAGCUGAACACGACCGCGCUCGUCAAAGAGGUCGAGGCCGUCGGCGCGCGGUACCCGGACACGGUCCGGACGACGGUCAUCUCCGGCGAGGCGCUGAAAGAGCACGGCCUCGGCGCGCUCUACGGCGUCGGCAAGGCGGCCUCUGCCCCGCCCGCGCUCGCCGUGCUGGAAUACACCCCUCGGCAGGCCCCUGCAAAGGCCACCGCGAAGCUCAGUUUGGUGGGGAAGGGCAUCGUGUACGAUACCGGCGGGCUGUCGAUCAAGUCGACCGCGGGCAUGUGCGAGAUGAAGACGGACAUGGGCGGCGCCGCGGCGCUCCUGACGGCGUUCGAGGCGCUCGUCAAGCUCGAGCUCCCGAUCCCGGUCGUCUACGUCGGCUGCAUCGCCGAGAACGCGGUCGGGCCCGACUCGCAGCGGAACGACGACAUCGUCACCUCGCUGUCCGGCAAGUCGAUCGAGAUCAACAACACCGACGCGGAGGGUCGCUUGGUGCUCGCGGACGGGAUCGCCUACACGACGCUGCACCACUCGCCCACGCACGUGCUCGACAUGGCGACGCUCACCGGCGCGCAGAUGAUCGCGACGGGCAUGCACCACGCGGGGAUCAUGGCGAACCGCGCGGGGUGGGAAGACCUGGUAUACGCCGCGGGCCAGCGCUCGGGCGACUGGUGCUUCCCGCUGCUGUACGCGCCCGAGGUCCUGUUCAAGGAGUUCGAGAGCAAGGUGGCGGACAUGAAGAACAGCGUCCGGAGCCGGACGAACGCGCAGGCGUCGUGCGCGGGCCACUUCGUCGAGGCGCAUAUCGGGGAGGGAUGGGAGGGCGAGUGGUGUCACGUCGAUAUCGCGGGCCCGAGCUUUAGGGGCGAGCGCGCGACGGGUUUUGGUGCGGCGCUGGUGAUCGAGGUGGCGAAGCGCCUGGCACAGGCGGCUUGAUCGCUUCAAAAAAAGCAAAGCUCGACCGCGUCGAUGGGGAUCAAGCCGGCGUCCUUGGAUAUAUGCGUCGCACUCGGUCGAUACGUCUGAACGCCGUGUGGUUUCCCUUCUUCCCACUCGCAGUACGCGUAAGAAUAGAAACUGCAAGAAAGCGAAUGUCGUGUACACUGCUGAUCAA